CUUCGGGAAGAACUCCAUGGAGUCGACAGUUUUGAACGAAUUCGAAGAGCUCUCCCAGGAGAUGAAGCGUGAAAUUGACUCACCGAUGAAGGUCAACUUUCGCUUCAACCUGACGGUGCUGAACAUACUUUGGAGACUGGUCGCCGACAAGCGGCUGGAGAGUAGUGACCCCAAGGCCCAACACUACAUCGCGACGGUCAACGAAUUCUUCACUACCAUCGGUCCGGGUAACCCGAUGAACCUGGCGCCGUGGCUGCGUCACAUCGCCCCUGAGUGGAGCGGCUACGCGCCGCUGAUCCGACAUCGCGAGACCACGGUCGGCAUGUUCCACGAGGUGGUCCACGAGCAUCGGCAGACGCUGGACCGCUCCAGCCCCCGCGACUUCAUCGACCAGUUUCUGCUGGAGAUGGAGAAGCCAGAUGCUGAGGCUCGCCUCUUCACCGAACGCAACCUGUCCAUUAUCGGCAUGGACUUGUUCAUCGCUGGCAUGGAGACGACGUCUACCUCUCUGAGCUGGGCGUUGCUCUUUAUGGUCAAGCAUCCAGAGGUUCAGAGUCGCGUGCAGCGCGAGAUCGACGCUGUUCUCGGCCGAAUUCCGCCGACCUACGGCGACCGCAUGCGCAUGCCGUACACUGAAGCCACGCUGAUGGAGGUGAUGCGGCGUUCCAAGGUCAUCCCUGGCGCAGCGCCGCACUGUGCACUGAGUGACAUCUCGUUCCGCGGCUACACCAUUCCCAAGGGCACCACGGUGAUAAUGCAUCUGCACAUGGUGCACAUGGACCCGGCGUACUGGGGUGACCCGGAGGCGUUCAGGCCCGACCGGUUCCUGCACGCCGACGGCAGCGUGCGCCGUGAUGAGCGGCUCAUCCCGUUCGGCAUCGGGAAGAGGCUUUGCCUGGGAGAGACGCUGGCGCGCAUGGAGAUGUUCAUGCUCUUCACCUGCCUGCUGCAGCGUUUCAGCUUCACCGCCGUUCCGGGGCAGAAACUCUCGCUGGAGGCCAGGUUCGCGGUCGUGCUGCAGCAGCCUCCCGAGUUCUUUGUGACCUACAAACCGCGUGAUUAG